AUGUCUCCCCAAGAUGCCUUGGGAGAUUUUCUUCCUCUUUCGUGGGGACGUAGCCUGGCGUUAAUAACUGUUGCAGUCGUGGUCUCCCUGGCUGAAGGUCAUGGACGAUUGCUAGACCCGCCAUCUAGAGCCACUUUGUGGGAGGAGAAAUUCAAUUUUCCUGCCUACUAUGAUGAAUACCAAGGUUUCUGUGGCGGUGUUGAUGCUCACUGGGGCAGGUUCGGUGGCCGUUGUGGUGUGUGUGGCGACCCUUACUUCCCUCUACCGCGAGCACACGAAAGAGGUGGACACUACUACACGGGGACUCCCACAAGGACUUACAGAUCUGGCAGCUUCAUCAACGUGACUCUUAGGAUCACAGCCAACCACAGGGGAUGGAUAGAAUUCCGCCUCUGUGCUUACGAUGAUCCCGAGGUCGGCGACCUGGAGUAUGAUUCCUCGGGAAAUCUGGUGGAGGUCACCCAGGAAUGUCUGGACAAGCACCUGAUGUCUCUAGAGGACGGUAGAACCAGGUUCUAUCUACCUGGCGAAUUCGCCAACGGAGAUCAAACCAUCAAAGUUCGCCUUUCCGAAGGUCUCACCUGCAAAAACUGUCUCUUUCCAAUGGAAAUGGAAUAUGGGAAACUGGGCCCCCGAAGAUAA